ACCACAACAGGAAGUGGCUCUGGUCAGGCGCUCGCCGCUCACUACUCUAGAACAUGGAGGGGCUCAGGCUGGGAGUUUUCGUGCUGGGGAUCAUGGUCGUCUGCGGGAGCCCUGUGCAGGAAAGAGGAGGGCCGCUGCCGCUGGUCAUAUGGCACGGGAUGGGUGACUCCUGCUGCAACCCCUUCAGUAUGGGCAGUAUUAAGAAGCUGGUGGAGCAGCAAGUUCCUGGAAUAUAUGUCCUGUCCCUGAAGAUAGGAAACACUAUCGCCGAGGACAUGGAGAACAGCUUUUUCCUCAAUGUGAAUAAACAGCUGGAUCUUGUUUGUGAGCAACUAUCAAAAGACCCCCAGCUUCAGAAUGGCUACAAUGGCAUGGGCUUCUCACAGGGUGGGCAGUUUCUGAGAGCAGUUGUUCAAAAAUGUCCUUCUCCUCCCAUGAAGAAUCUCAUCUCAAUUGGUGGACAGCACCAAGGUGUAUAUGGCUUCCCCCGGUGUCCAGGAGAAAGUACUUACAUUUGUGACUUGAUCAGAAAGACUUUAAAUGCUGGUGCCUACACAAAAUUUGUACAGGAACAUUUGGUACAGGCAGAGUAUUGGCAUGACCCGCUGAAUGAAGACCUCUACAGAAAUGGCAGCAUUUUCCUCGCAGAUAUUAACCAGGAGCGUGGUGUAAAUGAAAGUUACAAACGCAAUCUUCAAACUCUGGAAAAGUUUGUCAUGGUGAAAUUCCUCAAGGACACCAUGGUGGAUCCUGCAGACUCGGAGUGGUUUGGAUUCUACAAACCUGGACAAAGCAAGGAGCUUAUUACGUUACAAGAGAGUUCUCUGUAUACCGAGGAUCGUUUGGGUUUGAAGGAAAUGGACAAGGCUGGAAAGUUGGUGUUUUUGGGCGCAGAUGGAAACCACUUGCAGUUUUCUGAGGAAUGGUUCAAUGAAAACAUCUUACCCUUUCUGCAUUGAUUUAUUUUUUUUGUGCAUCAAGAACACGUUCAUGCAGAAAAGCUCUUUUAAUAAUUGCACUGGAGUAGUACUUUACUACAACUCAACUGCUGGCAAUAACUGGAAUCAAUCUGUGAAUAACAUGCCCUUGAGCUGCAAUCAAAUACUUUAACAAUUGUUAGCUAGCUGGUUACAGGAUUAUGUGUCCCUGUUCUGUGGUUGAUUAUAUAUGCUGGAUGCUCCCUUUGCAAUAACACCUGAUUAACAUGAACUGCAAACCUUACAUUAGUAAGGAAUAACUUAUGGCCAUUAUAUUGCUUGCAUUGUGUGGUCGUAUUCUGACAGGAUCGCAGAGAUUUAUCAAACUGGUGUAAAGUACGACUGGCUUAAUUGCCCAUAGCAACCAAUCAAAUUCCACUACUUUGAUAAAUCUCCCCCAGUGUGUCCUUGAAUCUAUUGUAUUACUCUGAUACAAUAGAUUCCAGGACUCUCAGGGACACAACUCUGCAGUCCUGUCAGAGUUGUGGAGAUCAGAACGGGACAUCACACUGACACAUGCUGCGAGUUCCUGGCAUUUAACUUGUUCAUCUGUGUCUGGCCUUAGGCUUUCCCAUCUUCGAUUGCAGAUUCUGAUAGGGUAGGUAUUGUCCCAGGACAUAAGCAGCUGCCAAACACCUCUGGCAGAUCUUAUCCACCGCUUUCUAAGAAAAAUAAAAGCUUUAUUCACACAGCAGAAUUAUGUUCAAUAUGUUGCAUCAUUAUGUGUUUAAUCCAAAACC